UAAUAUUUUUUUGUAGGAUAAUUUUUCGAGUUUACUAUUUUUUAUUGAAAACCUUCUACGAUUAUAGAUAAGGUUUAUGGUGCCUCCAAAUAAAGUCCACCACUCCAAGUCUCCGUAGGGCAUAAACAAUAGACGCAGUAAUACUACUAUAGUAGGUAAUAGGUAUAGUUCACAAUAUCGUAUGAUUAAUGAGCAUGACUAAAAAUUAUGUUUAGACGAAAAAUAGAAAGGAAAAAUUAAAAUUAUUAGCAAGUAUACAAAUCAAAAUUUAUUAUAAUAAAAUACUAUUUAUGUACUUUGAGUUACAUUAUAUCACUCUCCUCUAAAAUUAGAAAACUGUCAUCAGUGUUGAUUCAAUUUCCAUUUUGAUGAAUAUGUCUCCUCUCAAAAGAGAAUACUUGCCACCUCCACUGUCGCCAAGUCCUGUUUUGGAUAUAAGCGAUGAUGAGUUAGUUACAAUAUCCGUACGUGAUUUGAACCGUCAACUGAAGAUGCGUGGAUUGACUAGAGAUCAGAUAGUACGCAUGAAACAGCGCAGACGAACAUUGAAAAAUAGGGGAUAUGCUGCUAGUUGCCGUAUCAAGAGAAUCGAACAAAAAGAUGAAUUAGAAACAGAGAAAUCUCAAGAAUAUCAAGAGCUAGAUGAUCUGCAACAUUCAAAUAAUAUGAUUAGAUCUGAAGUUGAAAAUACAGUCAGACAAUAUGAAAUGCUAAAAAGAUUUGCUGCAACUAACAAAGUUAUGUUACCUCUAGAACUUCAAUCGUUAUAACUUAUGUAAUUAAUAACUUGUGUAUUAAUGUGGGCCAAACAGUAUUCUAAAUUUCUAAUUUAAAAACUAUUAUGUAGUAGAAUA